AGGAGACAGAGAGGCAGACUGACAAUAACCCGCUUCAGAGUUCAGCCAGCACACCUCUGCUGAACAGCCCGAUCACACACAGCUAGGCUACCUACUGUACGUAUUCAAGGAACCAUGGCAAAGCGAGUUGCAGUUAUUCUCUCAGGCUGUGGAGUCUAUGACGGCACAGAGAUCCACGAGGCCUCCGCUGUCCUCGUCCAUCUGAGUCGGGCUGGAGCAAAAGUGCAGAUGUUUGCUCCGAAUGCAGAUCAGAUGCAUGUUGUAAAUCACUGUGAGGGGAAACCUACUGAGGAGAAAAGAAACAUCCUGCAGGAAAGUGCUCGCAUCGCAAGGGGUGACGUGACUGAUCUGGCCAAUUUAGAUGUUUCAGCCUUUGACGCCCUCAUCAUCCCAGGGGGCUUUGGUGUGGCGAAGAACCUGAGUGACUGGGCAGUGAAGAAUAAGGACUGCACCAUCCAGCCACAUUUAGAGAAGCUCAUCAAGGCUUUCCACAAAGCCGGAAAGCCGCUGGCCAUGUGCUGCAUCUCCCCCAUCCUCGCUGCAAAAAUCCUGCCCGGCUGUGAGCUCACUGUGGGACAGGACAUAGAGUGUGAAAAGUGUGUAAAUGGUUUCUCAUCAUCAGAUGUCUAUGGAUAUAAAAGAAAUCCAAUCUACAAUUCUAACUUUCCUUCUCUUUUUGUUUUUAGGUGGCCGAAUGCUCAGACAGCAGGCGCUGUGAAGGAGAUGGGCUGCAAACACGUCAACACAGAUGUGGAGAAAGCACACGUUGAUGUCAAAAAUAAGCUGGUCACCACCAGUGCAUUCAUGUGCAAUGCUCCCAUUCAUAGUGUUUUUGAUGGAAUAGGAGUCAUGGUUAAAGAGACACUGAAACUGGCUUAAGAAGUCUCUAAUUACAUUCUGGAUGUUUGUAUUUAUUUACUUCAAAACCAAUUGUGAUUUCCCAUACAAGAAUACAAUAGCAAGUUAUGGCAUGUAGUCUAUGUUUCGGAUGUUAAUACAUCAAAGUGUUGUUUUGAGAUUUUCAAUAAAAGUUACUGCAAAUUACAAUUUUGAAUUUUUUCCUAUAUUAAAAUAAAACAAUGAAAAUUGCAACAUUAAAACUGUGGGACAAUAUUAACAUAUACUGUUGCACUGAGCACCACCUUGUUCUUCCUGACCAAUAAAACCAAUAUAACUCUGUUGACUACA